ACUGGAUUUCUAUAUUCUAGUACAUUAAUUUAUAAAAUAAUACCUUAUUAACUUAUUUAUAGUUAUUUUAAUUCUCUAACUGAACUGUAAUCUUCUGGGAAAACUAGUUUUUAUUAAAUUUAUAUGAUGUCCAAAAUAAUCAACAGUAAUGGAAAUAAGGCGGGAAGUAUUUACAGGAUUGCUCUUGAAAACUUUGUGACAUAUAAACAAGUUGAAUUAUAUCCUGGAUCAUCACUUAAUGUUAUAAUCGGACCUAACGGAACAGGAAAGUCUACCUUUGUUUGUGCUAUUAUUUUGGGUUUGUGUGGAAAACCCAGUGUUAUUGGUCGGGCGAAAAAGUUAUCUGAGUAUGUUCGUGGAGGCUGUGAGGAGGCUACCAUAGAAAUUGAAUUAUACCAACAAUCUGGAAAACAAAAUGUUAUUAUUACUAGAAAUUUCAAACUAAAUGAUACCUCUAUGUGGUAUAUCAAUCAUAGAACUGCAAGAGAGAACCAAGUUCAAGACCUUAUAACAUCACUAAAUAUACAGGUAGAUAAUUUAUGUCAACUAUUACCUCAAGACAGAGUCCAGGAUUUUUCCAAAAUGAACCCACAGCAACUACUUCGCAGCACAUUAUCGGCCGUUGGAGGGAAUGAAAGUGUAUACCAAUUAGAUGAACUAAUAGAAACAAGAAAUGAACAACGUAACCUUUCCACCACACAGGAGAAUAAUUCACAAUUGUUACAGGAACAGAUUCGAUUGAAUGAAAGAAUAAAAGUGAUAAUUGACACAUUAAAUCAAAGAAAGGAUAUAGAGAAACAUAUUGCAUUAUGCGAUAAAAAGAAACUUUGGAUUGAAUAUCAUGAACUUAAAACGAAAGUAAAUGAAUACAGCCGAGAUAAAAAGGAGGCAGUAAAAUUGGUGGACACACAUACAAAAAAAAUGGCGCCAUUGGAGAAAGUUUUAGGAAAUGCAAAAAGCAAAAUUAGUUCAUUGGAACAGCAGAAACUUAGUGCGGGUAGAGAAAUCCAUUCGUUAACAGACAAAGUGAAAGAGACAUUAAGCAGUGUUGAUUCGCUAGAAUAUGUCCUGAAAGAGAUAGACUCGGUCUUCCAAGAGAAGUUGGAACGGCAUCGAAAUAGAAAGAGAGAGUUGGUCGCGUCUAAAGCUAAGUUGGAGAAACUUAUUGAUGAUAAAAGACUCGCUGUUGAACAUGUUGGGGAUGAAACAAGUAUAAAAAUGAAAUUAGCUGAAAUUCAUAAAUCUAUAGCGACAGCGAAUGCGACAAUUGAGACUUUAAAGAAGAAGAAAUUGGAAGUAGAGUUUGACUAUGAAAAUAAUAUUGUACCCCAAAUGAGAUUGUAUCAGAACAGAAUAAAUAAUUUACAAGACGUCAAUAAGACACGCCUAGAGAGUCUAGGCGAAGGUGACCGAACCAAAGAUGCGUACAAAGCAAUUAUGUGGCUCAGAGCGAACCGCCAUCUAUUCAAGCAUGGAGUAUAUGAACCCAUGAUGCUGGAGAUAAAUUUCACAGAUCCAAAGUUCGCACGUUACCUAGAAGCAACGGUUGAUUCGCGCGACCUCAUCGCAUUUACGUUCGAAUCCAGUCAAGAGAUGAAUUUGUUCAUGAGAAACAUGAGAGAGAUGAAUUUGAAGAUGGUGAACGCGGUAUGCAGCGAACCUGCUACCCUUAAUUUGCAGAGGCAGGAUAUUUCGGAACUGAGCUACCUCGGUUUCUACACUUACGUAUUAGAUACGAUAUCAGCUCCAGACGCGAUUGUCCGUUAUUUGUGUAGAAAUUACUCGAUUCACAAAAUACCUAUUGGGGACGAGCACACGUUUAAUAAUAGCGGGAAAGUACCCGCAAAUAUCACCUUUUAUUUUACAGAAAACCACAGAUUCUCAGUACGCGUAUCGGAAUACAGUGGCGCAAAAUCCAGUUCCAUCACUGAAAUAAACCCACCUCGUCUACUCGCCAAGACUGUGGACGUUGAACAGAUUAAUAAAUUUAAGCAUCAGUUAGCAAGCUUCGAAAAAACAGCGACUUCACAUAAAACUAAGUUGCAGGAGUUUAACAACCAACUUGCGCCGCUAGAGGUCACUUUGAACAAUUAUAAUACCAACAGGAAGAAAAUCAAUGAGGGCAUAGAAAAGAUUCGAACACUAAGCGCACAAAUACGUUUACAAACGAAGAAAAUCGAGGACAUACAAAACGAAGCUUCCCUCAACAUAGAGUUGGAGAAAGAGAACUGUCAGAAGAGACAGAAGGAGAGUGUACUUAAGCAAUGUCAUCUUCAUUCGCAAUUGAAAGACCUUUUAAAGGCAUUGCAGAAUAAGAUGCUAGAAAAGGAAUUGGUUGGGGUACAACUGGAUGUAAGCAGAAGUGCGAUAAUACAGCAUGAAUCGGAAUUGAGAGAACUGAAGAGUGAACUACGGAAUGUUCAAGUAACUCUCGAAAACAUACAAAACUGCUUAACCUGUGCCGUAUCAAAAGCAAAAGAAAAACUGACGGAAGCAAAACGUUCCUGCAAUAACAAACUACCCACAGACCCAGAUUUUCCUUAUAAAGACGAUUUUGAGAGACUACCUUCUGAUUUGACAGCUCUACAGGAACACUGCUUUGAUUUGCAGACACGUAUGGAUUGUAUGCAUAGUAGUGAUGAACAGGUAAUAAAAGAAUACAAAACACGGGAAAGGACUAUUGCAAAACUUCAGUCUGAUAUCACAAACUCAUCAGAUAAGAACAAACAGUUAGAAGACAAAAUGAAUGAACUCAAAUCGAAAUGGCUGCCGUCGUUAGAAACGUUGCUGCGUAAGAUAGACCGAUCAUUCGGGUCUAUGUUCGCCAAAAUGGGAUGCGCCGGAGAAGUUAAAUUGGACAAAACUGGGGCUGAUGAAGACUACGACAAAUACGGUGUGGGUAUAUACAUUCGAUUCCGGGCAGAUGAACAGUUGCAACAAUUAACCAGACACACGCAAAGUGGUGGCGAAAGGGCCUUAUGUACUGCCUUGUACCUUAUGGCGCUGCAGGACUUAUCGACCGUACCGUUUAGAUGUGUGGAUGAAAUAAAUCAAGGAAUGGACGCGAUAAAUGAGCGGAAAAUUUUCCAAUUACUUGUCAAAGUCACAACGGAGUGCGACAAUGCACAGUAUUUUCUUUUGACGCCUAAACUAUUACCGCAACUGGAAUAUGGCGAAAAAAUAAUGGUUCACACAAUUAUGAAUGGCAAAGAAUUAAUGAAUUAUAAAAAAUGGAAGUACGAUAAACAUUUACAAAAGGCACGGUCGUAUAGACUGUUGCAGGCCACUAGCAAUAUGUGAAUUUAAUAUUUUAGAUAUGUACAACAAUGUUUGUGUAAACAAUUGUUUGUUUGGCUGUUUAGUUACAGUGAAAACUCUAUAUAACGACAGUGAAGGACUGCACUUUAUGGCGUUAUAGAGAGCUGUCGUUAAACGGAGAGAAGAAAAAUGUCUGGAUAAUCAAUGACUGCUACUUAUUAGUCAUGGUCAACGAAGGUCUAUACGUGCAAGCGAUCCCAAUUUGUAAACAAAAUAAUUAAUUUCUUAGAAAUUUCGCUUGCAUGAUGCCGACAGUUGAGUUUAUUGCGGGUUAGGACUUAAAAAGUACUUUUUUUACACAAUUGUUGUCGUUAUUGAGAAUGGGUGUAAUGCUUUGUAGUAUAUAUCAUUGUAUGGCAGACAAGGUAGACCAACCAAAGAAAAUUGAUGUCGACGCUUUAGGGAGUUCGUCGUUAAAUCGAGUUACAUGGAGUUUAGACUGUAUUUUAAUGUGUUAAAAACACUUGAAUAACUAGGCUUAUUAUAAAAACAGCGCUCCUAGGUGUGAAUAGUAUAACUAUUUUAGCUAAUUUUUUUAAAGUAUGUUUUAUUAAAAUAAAAAAACAAAUAACAAAUUAGAUAUGCAACGAAUCGCUAACAAGCGUUCUCUUCCAAGCAACCCUUUUAAAUAAAAUAAAAUAACAAAUACAAAGUGUAAAGUGCAAGUAAUGCAUAACCAAAAUCAACAAAGACAUCACACUCAAAAGUUUAAUCUAAAAAAAAACAUUUCAAAAGUUACGAUUGAGCUGGACGUGGUGAAGAUAUGGAAAUCUUUUAAGAGGUAUAUGGAAUGCUCAAUUUUACGAAUUAAGUCAGAAUCUUCGUUCGAGCAGUCAUGUACCUAAAAACUAGGUGAGUCGGUUGAGUGACAUCUAACGGGUCUUAAAAAGUAUAAAAAUAAAUUUAUUCAUUAUUUUUUUAUUUAUUGUAUUAUGGGUAUUAAUGGUCUUAUAUAACUCAGUGUUAAAAAGUGUUGUUUCUUCGUAUUUGUACUGUUUAAAUGUAUUAUAUAUAUUUUUCUAAUUAUCCUAAUAUUAUAACUUACUUCAAUACCAUUGAUCGGAUCGGCCUUCAAUACAAAGGCCUCCUCCAGCUUUUUGCAAAUACUAUACUAGUGUAUAACUUGCGAAUUUAUUUAAUUUUACCAUCGUAAAUGACGUGCAACGAAACGUUAUGUAGGCGUUCAAAAAGCAAGCAUUUUGAAGGUUGUUUAUACACACGCACAAGCAUUUUAUAAUAAGAAAAAUCAGCAGAUUAUUCAUACGUAGUAUAAAUAUUUCAAUUGUCAUAAAUAAAGAUUUUUUCUAUACCAAGGAUUUUCUUUUAAUUUGCGAUAUAACGAUUUUAUAAGGUAUAGCAAUAUUAAUAAACAAUUUAUAUUUCCUGAGUCAAACUGCGUAACUGCUUACGCUGCGAUGUUUUAUAACUUUGUUUAUGAGGGUGAAAUAUAUAUUUUUAUAUAAAUAUAAAACUUUUGUUUCUAUAGAAAUAGCAUUUUUAUGUAUUAAUUCUGAAAUCACAAUUGUUAAUAACAUACUUUUGUACCUGGUAUAUUAUUAAGUAU